AUGAAGGCCAUGUUAGGCGUGGUAAAAUUAUUUCUCUGCUUAGUAUUUCCGGCAUUUGCACUCCAGCAGGAGAUCUUAAACCAAGACUGUCCUUUGUAUGCCGGAACGACCUUUUUCGUCAACACUUCUGGAGUAAACUCUCCUAAUUGUGGGGCUUCAUCGAAGCCCUGUUACAGCAUAUCCUACGCCGUCAAUCUAGCGGUUAGAAAGAACGUUAGCUCGCUAACUGUUAAUAUUUCCACGGGAAAAUACGAAGAGUUGGAAAGUAUUAAACUGGACUGUGGAAGAUGGAGCUUACGGAAAGUUACUUUUUGGGGAGAGCGGUUAGUGAACAGAGUAAUAUGGUUUUGUGUGUGUGUCCAAUGGCUUUUUCACGUGAUAACUUAUCAACCGCUUUGUAUUUUGAUUUUCUCCAACUUUGCUUAUAAAAAAUGCUGCAAUCUAUUUUUCACCUUUGGUUUCCUCUAAAAGUUUUUUUGUAACUUUUUUUAAAAUAGGGUUAAUGAACAAUUGGUCGAAGUUGACUAUUCAUUAGACGUGCUGCUCUGUGAAGUGAGCUUGAUUGAUCUUCACUGGCUAAAUAGCAGGCCAGUGAUUCACCAAGCCUCUAUGUCAGAUGUGGCGAUCUGCCAGUGCACUGUAAAAGGAACAAAUAUAAGCAUCACUGGUAGCUCAUCCAACAUUAUUCUUAAGUACAGCAACAUUUCAAGCAGUUCAGGUUACCAUCCAAAGUUACCAUUACUAUCGAUGGCAACUCUUUCAGGAUUUCACAACUUCGUGCAGAUUUUAAAUUGCAACUUUGUGAAGAAUGUUGGGCCUGUCCUCACUGUAGAAAACAUUAAUCAAACAUCUAUUGUUGACUCAUAUUUGGAAGGAAACAAAGUACUGGCAGGUGGUUCUAUUAUUACGGGACAUGUUUCACAUCUUAAACUCUCUGGAACAAAAUUUAUCAGAAAUGUUGGACAUUUGCUGUUUUUAGAUGAUAAUCAUUCCUUGGCCAGUUUAGAGGUGAGUAUAGAGGUCACAGCAAGCUUUUCAAGUUAUUUUAGCUCUGAAUUUCGAGCAGUUAACCCUUCACAACCUAAGAUGGUUCUCCAUACUGUUUUUCUACACAUUUCCUCACUCCUUUAACCCCCCCUGAAUCAAACAUUAAAAUGUUUGAUUCAGGGGGGGUUAAAGGAGUGAUGAAUCAAAAGAUGUUGACACAUUUCAAUUUGUUUUAUAGUAUGACUAAUAACUUUGUUUUUUUGUUGGUUAUGAGGAAUGUGAUUUCAGCUGUAACAUGGUCAAUAAGAGUUUGUUUUUGUCACCUGUGCUGUUGCAAAACGUUCAUCAAGUGUCCUGUGAUGACUGCACUGUGGAUGCAGACUGCCCAGGUAAUAUGUCUGGUUGAAGUUUCAAAUUCUGAAGUAUUUUUAAGUUUUAGGUUGAAAUUACCAGUAGGAACUUACAGCUUAGGAACUGCGUCAAACAAAAGCAUGCUACAAUGCACAAGGUAAACUGUAAUAAUAAGGUAAACUGUAUUAUAGGUAGAAGCUGAAGGGAGGUUUCUUGUGAGAUAAAUGAAAAUAGACAGUGGAAGAAAACUCUAAGCAUUCAUUUCACAAUAAAUGAUUUUGAGUAGAUGCAAGUAUUAAGGUACAUAUGGAUGUAGCCUGACCAGUCCAAAUUUGUAAUAGAGCCUGGAACUACCAUGCAGGUCAUUAGGGGAGAUUUCUUAGAAAGGUGGUUUAUUAGAAAAGAGAGAAGGGCUUGUUGGACAGUGGGCUGUUAUAGAGGGGGCAUGUCUGAGAGGGGGCAAAUCAGAGAGGGGGCAUACUCAAGAGGAGGAUUUUCUAACAGAAGGGUGGUGUUUUUUCGACAGUGGGCUUAUCAUUGAGGGAGCCUUGUUAUAAUGGAAGAGGGGUGGGCUUGUGGAGACAAGGGCUUCUUAGGGAGGGGAUCUUUGACAGGAAAGCUCAAGAUGGGGGGGGGCUAAUUUAAGAUGAGGACUUUUAAGAGAGGAGUCUUAUUUAUGAGGGCCAAUGAAUAGAGAGGGGAGCUUAUUACAGAGAUGGGCUCAUUAAAAUGUGAGUGCUCUAUAUGGAUUGUUAACAGACCCUUUGGUGUCUGUUUCCCUUAUUAAUACUCAUCAGAGAAAAUUUCACCAAACACAUUGAAGUAUUAAACUUAAUUGCUUGUGAUCUUGCAGCUGUCCAGCUGGAACAUACAGUUCAAAGACAAGAAGCAUGCAGUGCACACGUUGUGCAAAGGGUGCCUUUGCAUCAAAGACAGGGUUUGUAUUAUUAUUAUUAUUAUUAUUAUUAUUAUUAUUAUUUUGAUUUUUGUUAUUAUUUUUUUCUUGUUGUGGUUGAUAAGAUUCCAGUUUUCUGAAAACAGGCACUUGUAAAGAUGUUUCUUCCUUGGUUAUAAACUCAGAGAACUCAACCUCAGUACACUGUGUAGCAUGCGCCAUUAUUGAGUUUUAAGGAUUAAGAUUUGUGUAAGGAAGCAAUGAAAACAUUUCUGCGUGACAUUACUGCAACUGACAGUUUAGUAGACCGUUUCCUAUUCCCGAAAUAGAUUUAGGUCAAGUGCGCAUUCCCUCUUGUAAAAUUCCGCUUUAUUUGUAUGAAGAUUAUGGAAUAAAUAUGCAGUAUUUCUAGAGAUCUUUAUAGAGGUGUCUUAUGUGCAUGUGUUGAAAUAUGAAAGUUACCUCGUGAUACUUUAACCCUUUAACCCCUAUAAGUGAUUAACAUGUAACUUCUUGCUAUAACAUACACGCAUUGUCCAACCAACAUGUUAUAAGAAUACUCAAAUUUAUCAAGUAGCUGAUUUAACACCAAAUUCUCGUGACUUAUUAACAAGAAAAUGUAUAGCAGUUAGAUGGGAGAAUUAACAAUCAGAUCUUGGGAGUUAAAGGGUCAAGAAUGAAUAGAUAUAUUGACUUGUUUCAGGUCGACAUCGUGCACCAAGUGUAAGAACGAUUUUUUCACCUCAAAACCAGGUCAAUCUUCAUGUUCUUCAGGUAGGAAGUAAUUUGAUUUUAUUAGUUUCUGGUUUUUCUAUUUGGUCUCUCUUGUUUUGUCUCUUAUGGCUAAGUACGACAACAGGGAUAAUUAAAUAUUGUGGCUAAUAACACAAUACAAUGGCCUGAUCAAGGCUCGAACCCAAAUCUCUCUACCUGGAGUCCUGCUCGCUGACCAUUAGGGCUCUGUGGCCCUCCAUAGUAGAACUCAGAAAGUUUUGUCUUUAUUUUUGUUCUUUACUUUUUUUUUUUUCCUAUCAGCGAGAAUUGGUUUUAUCGUGUUCACAGUGUUCGUGUCUCUUCUAAUUGCCGGGCCCCUGCUGAUUCUGAUCUUGCAAAAGCGUUCAAGAGAGGAGAAGUGUUCCUUGUGUAUUCCCCGCUCGCCGUCAAGGCAGAGAUUGCGCGAAGAUAAACAACCUAACAUCUAUGUUAUACAAAAUGAAUAA